ACAUGCGAACUGAUGCUCGUCCAACCCAUUAUCUACAUCCUCUUAUGAUGUUUCACUUGCAGCCUGUCUCGAUCGCUUCAAUUCUGGAAUACAAUCACUCGUUUCAACAAACCGAUAGUUGUCUGUUUCAAUAGUGGGCUGGACACUCCCUCAUAUGAUCGUCGUCGUCAUCUCCGUUUGCUAGCUGAGGCGCCCCAUUCCGUUGAACAACUUUUCGUCGAACACACGGCCUUCACAGCGCUACCUGGCGAAUUCAUCGCAAUUGUGCGGACUACCACUAUAUAAAGGAUAUUAGCCUAGAUAACCCGUCUUGGACACAGUAUCAUGAGCACGACUACUCUAACGGGCAUCGGACGCCAUCCGUCGAUUCGGCAUCCUUCCACAUGGUCCCAACCGCAAAGGGAUUCUAGUCCGCAAGCGCAGAACAGUCCGAUAGACGCCUUCCCAGCGUUUGUCGAUGAGACACCCGAGGCCGCUACAAAUGGAAAACCGCAGGAGGAGCAGAAUGGCCACGACCAUACAUGGGAACCACGGAAAGCGGGAUAUGUGAGCUGGGAUCAUCACAGGCCAGCCUCGAAGCAUCGGCCACGCAAAAGCAUCAGCGAAACAAUUACCACGAUCAGGAAAAGGAACGCUAGUAUGAGCGCGAAUGCGCAUGAUAUAGCGGAAGCCUUGAAAGCUCCAGUGUCUUAUAAGCUGAUUGGCCUCUGCCUCAUUUGGUAUAUGACGUCGGCCGUCACCAACACAUCGUCCAAAUCUAUAUUGACUGCACUUCCCAAACCGGUCACUCUCACCGUCGUACAAUUUGCCUUCGUAUCGUUUUGGUGUCUAUUCCUCACCUAUUGUUCGACCCUUUUCCCAGCAUUGAAGACGGCUAUACCUGCACUCCGUAAUGGUAUAUUGCAACCAUCACGGGAAGUGAUUCUUACCGCCUUACCUCUGGCAGGAUUUCAACUUCUCGGACAUAUAUUGAGCUCAAUGGCAACAUCGCAAAUCCCGGUCUCGCUCGUUCAUACUAUCAAGGGCCUUUCACCGUUGUUUACUGUUCUGGCGUAUCGGGUUCUCUUCCGGAUUAGAUAUGCAAGAGCGACAUACUUAUCGCUGGUUCCUCUCACAAUGGGGGUAAUGCUGGCUUGCGCCACAGGCUUUUCCACAAACUUCUUUGGGAUAAUCUGCGCGUUACUUGCGGCGUUGGUUUUUGUGUCCCAAAAUAUCUUCUCGAAGAAGCUUUUCAACGAAGCCUCACGCGCAGAAGCCGACCCGUCAUUAGGUGGACGACGCAAACUCGACAAGCUGAACCUGUUGUACUACUGCUCAGCACUUGCCUUCCUUCUCACUUUACCCAUAUGGUUAUUCACGGAAGGGUUCUCUCUGAUGUCCGACUUUUUCAGCAAUGGGACAAUCAGCCUCACUGAAAAGAAAGGCUCGUUAGAUCACGGGGCUUUAUUCCUAGAGUUUGUCUUCAACGGCGUGUCCCACUUCGCGCAGAACAUUCUGGCGUUCGUUAUUCUAUCGAUGGUCUCUCCAGUUUCCUACUCGGUGGCAUCGUUAAUCAAACGCGUGUUCGUGAUCGUCGUGGCAAUUAUCUGGUUCGGCAGCUCGACGACAUCAACUCAAGCAGUCGGCAUAGCUCUGACUUUCCUUGGGCUAUAUCUCUACGAUCGAAACAGCCAUGACGACGUUGCUGACCAACGAGCCAACGCUGACCACUUCCGUAAUCGCGAUUCACUCUUGCCUCUGAAUACGGCGAUUCCCAAAACUCGAGAUGCCAAGCCAUAUCAUUUUCCCCCUAUUUCUGGAGACCACGCCGAGGCUAGGGCUUCUAUAGAUGAUAAGAGGGACGACCGGUCAACCUCUAUCCGGCCGCGAGGGGCCAGCGUCUCUCGAAACUGGCUUCCCCCGGGCACCAAGCAAGAGACGACUUGGCAGCGCGGUGAUAAUUAGACUUUUUGUGAGAGACUUUUCUUCUCCCUUUGCGAUGACUUAUUUCAUGCCCGCCUGACGGCUACAUUGUGAGAUGUUAGGAUAUUUCUGGCGUUUGGAUACACAUAUAUGUGGUUUUAAUGGUCCUCCCUUUCCAUCGUUGAGCAUCUUUGCUCUUCCCUUCCCAUGCAUACAUACUUUGACCUAUCUUUUUGAGUUUGCAUUCCUGCCAUGCAAGGCAUGUAGUUAUAUCUGAACGAAGUUUAC